CGUCAGUUCCUGAGCGCCUGCUCGGCGGCCACGCGGGAGCACCCGGAGGUGCUGCCCUUCCUGCGCUCGCGCCACGCCCGCGCCCGCCCGGAGUUCCGCGGCUCCGCCGAGUUCCGCAACAUCCUGGGGCGGCUCCUGCGCCGCCUCCGCAGCCGCCGCAGCAAGACCUUCGUCUACAUCAACGAGCUCUGCACCGAGCUCAAGGCACGGGCCCUGAGAACCGAGAACCGGCUGAAGCGGCAGAUGAUGCGGAUCUUCCGGCACCUGUGCCACCUGACAGGAGAACCGGUUGAAGCGGCGGAUGAUGCGGAUCUUCCUCCGCCUGAGAACCGUCUGAAGCGGCGGAUGAUGCGGAUCUUCCUCCGAUUUUCCCCUUUUCCCCCUCAGGAGAACCGGCUGAAGCGGCGGAUGAUGCGGAUCUUCCGGCGCCUGUGCCAGCUGAAGGAGUGCAGCCAGCUGACGGGCCGGGUGCUGGAGCAGCGGAUCCGCUUCCGCGGCACCCGCUACCCGGAGGUGAACCGGCGCAUCCAGCGCCUCAUCAACCGGCCCGACGCCUUCCCGGACUACUCGGACAUCCUGCGGGAGAUCCGCGCCGCCAGCCAGCGGCACCGCCUGGGGCUGGCCCGCAGGCACAUGGAGAGCCUGGCCCAGGAGGCCUUCCGGGAGGUCGGCAACCGGCUGCAGGAGAGGAGGCACCUGGACCUGGUGUAUAAUUUCGGGAGUCACCUCACGGAUGAGUAUCGGCCCGGUGAGGGAAUGGGAAUGGGAAUCUGCAGGGAAAAUGGGAAUGGGAAUGAUGG